UUUCCAUCUUCCACCUUAUAAACUACUUUUUGCAUAGAUCCAUCCUUACACCGUUCUUACGCACUAAUCCACCCCUGUGGCUACCCCUAUACCAUCAUGGCUCCCGUCGAAACUGAAUACUAUGACUUGCUCGGCGUGGCUGUUGACGUCAAUGAUAUUGACCUGAAGAAGGCAUAUCGCAAAGCUGCGAUCAAGUAUCACCCAGACAAGAAUCCCUCUCCGGAUGCUGAAGAGAAGUUCAAGGAUAUAAGCAAAGCGUACCAAGUCCUAUCCGAUUCUAAUCUGCGCGCUGUCUAUGAUAAGAAUGGAAAGAACAUGGUGGAUAAAGAGAACCCCGACCUCGAGGAUGCUGCUGGGUUCUUCGCGAAUGUGUUUGGUGGAGAGCGGUUCCGGGAGUGGAUAGGCGAGAUCUCCCUCAUGAAAGAGAUGACCAGCGCCGCCACGGCUGCGAUGUCCGAAGAAGAGAAAGCUGAGCUCGAGAAACAAGGUGUGAAGGUGCCUGACUCGCCCAAGCCCGAGACGCCAAAUCCCGCUGUGGGUACGAACGGAGAUACGCCAGUAGCACCUCAACCAAUACACGCUUCCGAGCAGCCCGCCACAUCGCCCGCCGUCCCCGAGCUCCACCUCCCCGAACAAGGUGUCGAAUCCAACGAUCAUCACAGGGCGAAAGCUAUCACAGCCACACCUCAAAUGGCAAACUUCUGGCACAGUUCACGCAUGAUACUGACAAAACCAUCCAGAGGAAACAAUAGGGCGGAAGCAUGCGGUUGA